AUGUCUCGAGCACCAUCGCGUUCAGGGGUUAGGAAGCUUGUGCCUUCUCAGGUAGAAGACGGCCAAAACCGUGGUGGUUCCGAUAAUAUCAACGACAAACCACUGUCGUUUCAACAUGUGGCUCCAAGACCUCCGUCUUUGAUCCAAAACCUCGAAAUACAAGAUCUCGCUGCUAACCCUCCUUCCCAUAAUGCUGUCAAUCCUCAUCAAUCUACUUCAGCUGCUGAACAUCUGAAAGUUCUUGAUGGAACCACUACUAAGGCGCCGCCGUCCGCCGGAGGUUUGAUUCAUGGUAACAGAAAUUAG